GGUACAAGUAACAUAAAAGACUGAGAGGAAAAGAUGCCGUUUGACAUUUACAAUGAAGAGUUUCAAAAUUGGUUAAAAGGUGUAUUUGGACUAAACACAACAAGAACUGCAUUGUGUGAAUGUAUUUCAGAUAAACUAGAUAACGUUUUAAUCAAUAAUUCCUAUGAGAAAUUACACCAAUAUUUUUUGUGUUUAAAAACAAACAAUAUAUCACUGUUAAAUAUGAAAUCAAGAGGUUCAACAGAUAAAAGAUGGGAAUGUGAACAUAAAAGUUGUAGGGACAUAAUGCGUUAUUUCAUUGACAACCAUAAACAAGGACAUAAAUUAAAAUACACAUGGGUGCCACUAGGAAAGUCAGAAAGUAAUGGAACAGUAGUAGGUGGUGGCUUUCAUUGCAAAGAGUUAAAGUGGAAUGUUAUCAAGCUAUAUAUGCACAUUGAAAACGAUGAAGUUAUGAAACAAUUUUCCAGUUUAGACUGUCUCGAUAUAACGCAUGUUAUCAAAAUAAUGAGAAAUUGUAAACUUAUAUCUACAAAUGACUUGGACGAACCAUUAGAGGAGGUGUUAGCAUCAAGAAAUAAGUUCAUGCACUCACCGGACAAUAAGAUGACGGAUAUCGAAACCUGCAGUACAUUACAAUGUACAAGGAAGCUUCUGGAUUGUCUCGAUAUAGCUGAGAAAAUGUAUUAUAAGAAUGCUGUGCAAGAACUGCUAGACCUUUCAGAGAACGACUUUGUUUUACGAUAUCAGUCAGAGGACUGUAAACGAAUUCUAGCAGAUGUGCUAAAUGCAAAACACCUUGCCGUUGAAUUAAAUAGUAAUAUCAAGGAGGACAAUCUACCGGCCAAGAGUCAGAGUAAACGCUUACAAGAUAUGCUUGAAAGUAUAACUGGAUUAAGGUCUACAACAAACACAAAUCUGGAAAUGAAGCUCGCUGAAUACAAAAGAAAAUCAAAAGAAAGCUUAGAAAAGAAAUUUGAUGCGAUAAAAUUGGAUCAAAUGGAAUGCGAUGAAAACAGCGCCGAAUAUACAAAGUUAGAAGACCUAAAAGAUGGGACAGAAAGGGCCAUCGAGGAAGUAAUAGUAAUAACGCAACGGAUGGAGUCAGACGAAAUGGUUGACGAAAUUGAAAAGUUGAGGAAAGAAAAGGAAACACUCAAGUCUGAAAUUAAACAAAACAACGCAGAGUAAUAACGCAACGGAGUGAGACAGACGAAAUGGUUGACGAAAUUGAAAAGUUAAGGGAAGAAAAGGAAACACUCAAGUCUGAAAUUAAACAAAACAAUACAGAGUUAAGUAUUCUUAAUCAGAACAUUAACAAAAAAUUACAUUGAAAAACUCACAAUUAACAACAUAUUUUAAUUUAUUUUGUACUUUUUAGCUCACCUGAGCGCAACGUGCACAUGGUGAGCUAUUGUGAUCCCCCACCGCCCGUCGUCGUGCGUCGUCAACAAUUUAUUUAAACAACAUCUCAAAAACCAAUAACUGCACAGUAACCAAACUUUGCAGGAAUGAUCCUUGGGUGGUCCUCUGCCAGAGUUGUUCAAAUGGUUCCGGUCUGUUGCAUAAGUAGGUCACGGGGCCAGAGAAGAAGUUUAAAAAUGCAAAUUUAAAAAAAAAUCUUGCUUAAGAGUCCAAGGUCUGGAGCGUUGAUAUUUGGUAUAUGAUAUCAACUAUAGAUACUUUACCAAAGUUGUUCAAACUAUAGCCCUGGGGUCAAAAUUGGCCCCGUCCCAGGAGGGUCAUAGGUUUUUCGUAAAAACUUAGGAAGUCUUCUUGUCUGAACCUACACGUCUUAGAGCUUAGAUAUUUUGUAUGUAAUAUCAUCUAUAGGUCUUCUACCAAAGUUGUUCAAAUAAUUGGUUUUGGGGCAAAAUUAACCCCGCCCUAAAUGGUCAUAGGUUUUCUUUAUUUAUAUAUAUAUAGCCUAUAUAUUUGGUAAAUAGUAUCAUCCAUGGGUCCUGUACCAAAGUGUUUCAAAUUACAGACCUGGGGCAAAAUUGGCCCCGCCCCGGUGGUCAUAGGUUUUCCUUAUAUGUAUUUCGUUAAAACUUAGACCAUUUUUGUUGUGUGAAGGUUAAAAGCCUAGAGCUUUUAUAUUUGGUAUAUGAUGUCACCUAAAGGUCCUCUACCAAAGUUGUUCAAAUUACAGCCAUGGGGUUAAAAGUGGCCCCGUCCCAGGGGUCAUAGGUUUUCCUUAUAUGUAUUUAGUAAAAACUUAAAAAGUCUUCUUGUCUGAACCUACACGUCUUAGAGCUUAGAUAUUUGAUGUUUAACAACAAGAGGGCCCAUGAUUGCCCUGAGUUACUCACCAGAAACAACUGCUUUUCAGCUGCUUGAUAAAAGACUUCAUGUUUGAAGGUACAAGACUUCAUGUUUAAAGGUACAAGGCGUCCUGUGAACGUUGCCUUAUUCUUGUUAUUUUAGAGCUUAGAUAUUUGGUAUAAUAUAUUAUAUUGAAUUUAAGACCUGGUAACUUUUGUAUAUCAAUUGCAUUUAGUAUGCGGGUGAGCGCAUAGGGGCCAAUGCCCCCUUGUUCUUAUUGUGAACUCGAAAGCAUGGAAGCCAGACAGUAAUAUGGUAUGUGUUCCUGAUUGGUGGAUGACCACAGACACAUACAAACCAAGCCAGCCCGUAUAUCUCAAACGGUUAGAGCGCGAUACUUGUACUCUCGACAUUGUGGAUUCGAUUCCCGGGCUGAUCAACUUAAAUAACUUAUCAGUUUUUAAGGUGAAACGUUUAAUCGAGGCCCCGUAUAUGAGUGCUUAAACACUUGACACUAAAAAGACUUUUGGAAUUUGAGAAUUUGUCUGUAUCUGUUUCUUGUACUAACCUCCAACAUCAAAAAAUUACUGAUACUCUUAGGCAAGACUCGCUCAUAAUUUAAAUACAUGUACACACACGUUUUGACGCAUUAGUAAGGCGUUAAUCGCCGUUUGAUAAAGAAUUUUCAAUAAAACGGGAACAGAUGCAUUUUUAAGAUUUUUAAAAUGGUACUGUCGAGUACAAACUACCGUCCAUGCCCCCAUCUAGCACCGGGGAAGCAGAAUUCUACAUUUAAGCAUGAAAUGUCAAAAAAUUUGAACAUAGAAACUGGCUCAAUGCUAUUUGUGUUUUCCAUGGACCCAAUUUUUAUCAAUUAAUCCCUUCGAUUUACAGCUAAAAAUAAUUAUGGAACGUAGAAUUCCUUUCAAUUUCUAUUAUGAAUAGUCAUAAAAUGGUUUGCCCUUCGGCGAAUCACAUCAUGUCUUAUCAUUGAAAGUGAAUAGGAACAAAUUAACGCCUCCACGCUGGGAAGGCAGUAAAAAAGACAAAACAAAAAAUAAACUCAAAUUUGGUAAUUUAUUUCUUACAUUUUGUAUCUUCUACAGGAAUUUGUUUUACUAUUUUGUAGUACACAGUGGGUUAUUAUGAUAUUUAAUUCGAAGCUAUCAAUAGAAUGAUGACCGUAACAUUGUGAAAGUCCGAAAAUCUAUUGAUACAAGUAGUUUACUUUAACGAAAUGGUCAUUCGCGGCGCGCUAGGUAAUAAAUAACGAAUAAUAAUUUUGUAGGAAAUGAAAUGCAAACAUAUUUAAACAACAAAUUACACUCUUAAAAAGUUAUGGAAUAUAUUUGAGUAGACCAUUUUUACGAAUUGUUUAACAAUUUUGAAAUUUUCUUUUCGUAGAUUAUUUCCGAUUUUCUUUUUUACGGACAUGAUUGCACCGAUUUCUACUGUGAAUAUUUAAGUCUUUAGCUCUACUCGACUCGGAUUUCCCGAAUUUUUGCUGUUCUAUAUUUCGUUUGAAGGCAAUCGGUUUUAUGGUAGUUUGAGUGAAAUGUUCGUUUGCCGAGCAUUGUGAUAUUUCAACAUCUGAAACUUUCGUCUGCAGUUUUAAUAUGGGUUGUUAUGGGUUUAUUGAUAGGAAUGUAAACACACUGGUGGGUCAAACGAGCAAUUUCCACACGGUGCCUAGCAGACCAGUCACGAAAUCAUAGCCAAUGCAAAUCCACCAUCACAAAAAUUAUGGUUUCAGUACAGCUUUAUAUACCUUAACAAUCUACAUUGAAAUAGGCUGAACAUUUACAUAUAAAGUAGUUAUCAUGUCACCCAAAUCAACAAUGAUUAUCAUUUUUACUGAUUGGGAACAUAGAACUAUAUACAUGUAUCUUCGUUCGCUCGAACUCGAAUCGCUUGAAUAACUCCAUUCGCUCGAACUCAUCGACCAUUCCGGGCAAAAUUCCGAUAUGAUACAUGUUGUUCUACCUCGGAUCGCUCGAACAUCGACCGCUCGAACUCUCGAACCUUAUCUCUGCUCCCUUCGACGAAAUAGCGAAAAUCACACCUUUUCGGUCGAACACAAAAAUACAACAAAAGUUGUUGGUCGACUUUUUCUGAAUUACUGGCAGACGGCGUCAAAUGUAUUUAACACCUCGUGAUCGUGAUAAAGGCAAUUAAGGUUUAUUGAUUCAAAGUAAGAGGCUUCAUAAACUCUGAUCCCCUUUUAAAAUUCCAGAUUUAUGUUUAGAGCAUACGUGUUUUCUAUUAUUUGGGGACCAUACGCCGCAUUUCAUGAUCCCAUGAUUACCGUCGAAUGAACACGAAGAUUUUUUUAAAUUCAAAAUUUCACCAUUACCAUGAUAAAAUGUUGAAUUCUGCAUAUGCCGGUGCUAGGGGGCAUGGACGGUAACUUGCACUUUCCAUUGCCUGCAAGAACAGGUUCAAACAAACCGUUUUGGACUUUAUGAGGGAUUCUUAUUUAUUCUAUUUUGUUAAUGAUUUGUUUGUUAUGAUAAUAUUGUUUAUUUGCCGUAUUUUGUAAGGAUUCAAAGAAAAUAUCUUUGGAGAUAAAUGAAAUGUGCAAAAGUCAAUAAGUGAAUGUUCAUGCAGAUCCGUGGUUCAUGUAACUGUCAGAAAAUAUAUGUUCAAAAUUUGUAACGGCUAUAAGAUGCCUGUACACAUCCCUUAAAGCUGCUGUAACAUAUACAAUACAGUCUCGUCGUUUUCUUAUUCAAACAUUUGCGUGAAACAAGAGGACCCCAGUUCCUCAUUAUUAUUUCUAUACUUCGUGAAUGAUAUAUUAGAAAACAGAAAAACAGAACAUUAAAGAAAGUUCAAAACGGCAAAAUUGAAAAUGUUGCAGGCUGGGUUUGAUUGAGUUUGAAUUGGACUGUACAGUCUAGUGAAAACUACCGUCCAUGCCCAUCCUAGCACCGGGUGAAACAGAAUUCAACAUUUAAGCGUGAAAUUGCAAAGAUUUGAACUUAGAAACAUCCGCAGAUGUAAAGUAAAUUACGAUUUCUUAACUGAAAUUGGUAGAUGCUUUUAUAGUGACUAUAAAAUCUGUAUCACUGUCUGAAACAAAAAGUACUUUUUAGUUUAUCUCCAAAGAAAUUCAAAAUCUAUUUAAAAUAACAAAACCUUUUUGCGGGUUUAUUGUCUAUAAUUGUUAUUUUGAAAAUGUUGCAUCCAUUCAAUAUAAUCAAACAGACCAUAUAUAUAUACUUAUUGGCGAUACUAGUAAGUGCAAGCUGCCGUUCACUCCAAGUGACACCACAGUAAUUCAUUGGUAAACAUAAGACUGUUGAAAAUUUAUUUAUAUCUGCAGAUAUAUUCAUUCGACAGAUAUCCUUGAACUUUCAAAAUGUCGCUUAAGUGCAAUUCCCUGAACGGAAACCUAUGGUUUACCAGUAAGAAAUUAGGAAAACUAAAUAAAACGGAAUUUUGAAAGGGGAACAAGGGUUGUAAAGCCUGCAUAUCAUGGAAACUGUCAAAAGACAAAUUUAACAAGGCGAGGUACAAAUUUGGAUAAUACUUCAAUAAAAAUGGGUCAAAAACAACAAGAACUGCCAAUAUCAUGGCGUGAAUACCCCCGCAUACCACUUUGUCAGAAUCAACAGUGGCCAUUUAAAGCUCAAGGACAACCUCCCUGCCAAAUCUGAAGUUACUAAGCCAGUGCAUUGCUAAGUUAUGUAUUCUACGUGCUUCAAAUGUGAAAAUGUCAAAAACAAUACACUGCGGACAGGCAUUCUUAAGCAAUUGAGGGGAAAAUAUUUUUUUGUCCAGGUCCCGGUGACCUUCACCUUUUACCCAGUGACCUCAAAAUCAAUAGGGGUCACCUUAUGGUCAUGAUCAACAUCCAUGCCAAAUACGAAGACUGUGGGUCAAAGGAAUCUUAAGAUAAUGGGUGGACAAUAUUUUUUAGUCAAGGCCCCGUGACCUUGACCUUUAUCCCAGUGACCCAAAAAUCAAUAGGGGUCACAUAUUAAUCAUGACUAACCUCCAUGCCAAAUAUAAAGACUGUGGGUCAAAGGAAUCUUAAGUUAUUGGGCAGACAAACUUUUUGAAGUCAAAGUCCCUGUGACCUUGACCUUUGACCUGGUGACUUCAAAGUCAAUAUGGGUCAUCUACUAAUCAUGAAUAACCUCCAUGCCCAACAUGAAGACUGUGGGUCAAAGGAAUCUUAAGUUAUUGGGCGGACAAGCUUUUUAAAGUCAAGGCCCCUGUGACCUUGACCUUUGACCUAGUGACCUCAAAGUCGAUAGGGGUCAUCUACUAUUCAUUACUAACCUCUAUGCCAAACAUGAAGACUGUGGGUCAAAAGAAUCUUAAGAAAUUGGGCGGACAAGCUUUUUGAAGUCAAGGCCCCUGUGACCUUGACCUUUGACCUGGUGACCUCAAAGUCAAGGGGUCAUCUACUAAUCAUGAGCAACCUCCAUGCCAAAUAUGAAGACUGUGGGUCAAGGGAAUCUGAAGUUAUUGGGCGGACAAGCUUUUUGAAGUCAAGGUCCCUGUGACCUUGACCUUUGACCUGGCGACCUCAAAAUCAAUAGGGGUCAUCUACUUAUCAUGACUUACCUCCAUGCCAAAUAUGAUGACUGUGGGUCUAAGGAAUCUUAAGUUAUUGGUCGGACAAGAAAAACCGCCAUUUAAAGACGUUUUCGGUAGUUUUUUGUGCGCAUCGUUAUGCGCAUCCAAGAAAGAUAAUCACGGAUAAUUACUCUUCAAAAAGAAGGUCAAGUUUAAUAGUACUCGGAUAACUGUUUAAAUUUCGGCCACAAGCAAAUAAUGAGUAAAUAAUACAAAAUAGAUAUUUCUAAAUGUUCAGGAGGAGAUCGAUUCAAAAGAAUAAGAGAACGUUUAGACAACAUCAGAUAAAGGAUUUCUCCUAACAUUAGUACGACAGCAUUGAUGAUGAUUCUGCGCGCGUUACCCCACCCACUCGUGGUAUAAUGACGAAAGUGCGUUGCCUUUUGAUUAUUGCAGACAAGUGGGCAAAGAAGUUUAAAAUGAUAUAUUAGAAAAACGUUGAAUAAAAAACAAAAAUAAUAUCGAAGAAAUGUUCCGAUUUUUAUUAUUUUCUUUGUAAAUUUCUGAUUAUUUGCUUACUGUUCGGGUAUGUUAGUCGGUCGAAGAAAUAAUAUGGCCUUAAUUUAUAACCUGUUCUAAAAAAUAUUUAGUAUCAUAUCUUAUUAUAACAUCAAAAGAAAUAGAAAUUUAUAAUACAACUUGUUUUUGUUGUAUAUAUGACAAUGCAUUUAGUAUAACACUGAUAUUUCUUACGAAAGCGUGGUAAUUUUGACAGUUGGCAUAUGCGGUAACCAUGGAAACUGCCCGUUUACAAAAAAACUAACACGUCAACAUAUAUUUUUAUUUCUAUUUUUGAAUCCACCAUACAAUUUUACUUGAUUUAUCAAAAAUGUAGAAAAUUCUAUGAAAGAAAUUUCUUGAUAGCUUGAAUUAUUUACAGAAUUCAUGUUUAUUUUUCUCAUUUUUUGUUCAGUUAAAAAGCAUGAAAAACUCAUUUUUUAAAGAAAUAUGUUCAGAUUAUCGUUUGUUUUAUACAGAACCCUUAAAUAAAGCAAGUUUUGUUUGAAAAUAUGUUUAAUUGUGUGUGUAAUAAGCUGUUUUGUACAUUUUUUAACACAGUUUGGCUAUUUUGACAGUUUUGAGAUAUACGGUUACCAUGGAAACUACCAUUUUUCAAAAAAUCUAACACGCCAACAUAUAUUUUUCUUUUAAUUUUUGAAUUUGUCAUUAAAUUUUACACAAAAUACAAAAAAAUUAGAAAAUCCUAUGAAACAAAUUUUUCAAUAUCUUUAAUUAUUCACAGAAUUCAUGUUUAUUUUUCUCAUUUUUUGUUCAGUUAAGGAGCACGGAAAACUCAUUUUUUUAAGAAAUAUGUUUAGAUUAUCAUUUGUUUCAUACAGAAUCAUUGGAUAAGGUUAUCUUUGCAUAAAACAUUGCUUGUUGUGUGUAUUAAGCUAUCUUAUACAUUUUCUAUUUGUUAUAACACACUUUGGCUAUAUUAACAGUUUUUAGAUAUAUGGUUACCAUGGAAACUGCCAUUUUACAAGAAAUCCAACACGUCAACAUAUAUUUUUCUUUUUAAUUUUGAAUUCGCCAUAAAAUUUUACUUAUCAUACAAAAAAUUAAGAAAAUUCUAUGAAAGGAUUAAAUUUUCAUAAAACUGUAGAAAAUGUCUUCAAAG